AUGAGUCAAGAAGCAUUUCAGUUUCCUUCCAUUCACGAAUUUCCUCCCUUUUUCACACGCCAACCCACCGAAGCAACAUGGCACAGCCAAGCAAGUCAGUGGGCCGACUUAAUUCUCAGCUACUGCCGAUAUCAUCGCAUUUACCGAAUCGAUCUGCACCAAGUCACCAUGCCCAGUGCCUCGACUCUGUUUGAAAAUACCCGCAUCAAACGACGGUUAUCUUUCGAAACCUUGCAAGAUAUUAUUGAUAGAAUGGUAGACCAAGGCACGGCCGACUGGGAAGGCGGUAGUAAAGGUGAUAAAAGUCAAGCGCUCAUCUAUUGGCGGAAACCGGAAGAUUGGGCCAACCUUAUUUGGACCUGGGUGAAUCAAGUGGGUGUCAAUAACAGCAUUGUCACCGUCUACGAAAUUCUUCACGGGGAACUAGCGGAAGGUCAAGAAUUCUACGAAAUGGAUAAAACAGUCCUUCUCAAAGCGCUCAAUGUAUUAGUAAAGCGAGGUCAUGCUCAAAUCUUUUCAAGCUCUGAAGAUGAAGACAGUAUGGGCGUCAAAUUCUUUGGUUCGCAGUGA